UUUUCGAUUCUUGUCCCACAAUUCAUCGCACUACAAUGUGGGAACCAGUCAGCCUUCCGUUCACGAAUGACACCGCCCCGACUUUGCCGACAGCAGACGAGAUCCGGGCCUGCACCAACGUCUUAUGCGAGCGCUUGGCUUCCAAAGUUGUAGCAGUCAACGACAGUAUCAUUGUCAAAUUCGGAGGCGGCGUCCAUGUCCAAGAAGGCCAGACUUUGAUAUAUCUGGAGAGACAUGUUCCUGACGUGCCGGCACCUCGCCUCUAUGCGAUGUAUCACGACGCUGAGCAACUGUUCCUGGUAAUGGAGCGCGUGCCUGGGAAGCAACUUGACAAAGUGUGGCCUCUCUUGACCGAGCCCGAGAAGGACUCGGUGGUCACUAAGCUCUGCAGAAUCUUCGAGUCGAUGCGGCAGGCCGAAUGCCCAUGGUCUGACUUCUUUGGAGGUGUAGACGGAGGCCCUGUACACCACCACCUGCUAUACAGCCAGAGAAAGGGCGACCGCAAAUUCCUGGGACCAUUUCACGGCGAAGCUGCCUUCGUCGCAGGCUUGACAAACAAUUUCCGAGCUCUGAUGGAACGCAACCACCGCCCGGACUUCAAGGUCCGUCACUUUGAAGCUCACCUUGGGAACGUCCUAGGGAGCUUUCGUUCGACGUUGACACAUUCCGACCUACACAAGACGAACAUCCUGGUUGCAGAAGUCUCAAACGAGGGAGCAGAGCGAUCCUUUGAUGUGACGCUUGUGGAUUGGGAAAUGGCGGGCUGGUAUCCAGACUUUUGGGAGUUCUUUUCCAUUUCCUCCAACUUUGACUAUGUCUAUUGGGAAGAGGACUGGUGCUGGCGGGCUGAACAAUGUCUGCAAGUGUGGCCUGCCAAAGCAGCCAUGUUGCGCAUGCUUGACAAAGACAUGCGUAUUUGA